UGUACGAGCUCAAACAUGUCGAACCUUUGCGGCCAAAGAUUGGGUUUUCUAGAACUGGUUGUAACGUUUCUUUUAGUCAUUUUAGCAUUAGCUGAUUGCACGUCUGCCAGCAAUACAGUCGAAAAUGAUGUACAGAAAGAUCGUACAACAGGAGCUCUUGAUUUCACCGUCCAAGUUUGCAGCAGUUUAGGUAACUGUCAACCACUAGCUACUGGUUUGGUUGUCGAUAACAACUGGAGAGGCGUCUACUACAACCUCUGCUACGAUCCCAAGCGUUGUGACAAGAUUCCAACAGUUAGUGAAUAUCAAAGUUUGUUUGGUCUGACUGUGUCUCCUUCACGAACACAUCUGAACCUCACCUACGUGGCCAAAGCUCCGGGACCCCGUAUAUAUUUGACCACCGGUCCCGGUACAAACAGUUAUCAAAUGGUUUAUCUGUUGAAUCGAGAACUGAGUUUCGACGUCGACUUGUCCACCGUCGGUUGUGGCUUGAACGCUGCCUUCUUCUUCGUCGGAAUGGAAGCCGAUGGAGGCAUGGCGCGCUAUGGCUACAAAGGACCCGUGUAUGGAACGGGCUAUUGCGAUGCCCAGUUAGCUGCAACCAACAAACCGUCUUGCCACGAAUUAGAUAUCAUAGAGUCCAACAGCUUGACGACUUUGCUAGCCACCCACACUUGCAACGCGUCCAAAUUUUGCGAGCCUACAGGCUGCGGUUUCGUCCCGUAUACACUUGGGCAAAAGAACUUUUACGGACGCGGUUGCAACUUCAGCCUUGACACUACGAAGCCCUUCACGGUCGUCACACGUUUCGUCACCGUCAAUGGAACAGACACGGGCAAUUUAAAAGAGAUCCAGCGCUUCUACAAACAAAACGGAAGGAUCAUUCCCAAUCCAACAGUUGGGGGGAAUUUCAGCUCUUUGUCGGACGCUUAUUGCCGUUAUUACGGGCAGAAUAAUCUCGGCGGUAUAUCGGCCAGCAUGACGCAAGGCUUGAAAAAUGGAAUGGUCCUCACUAUGGGCUUGUGGGGAGACAUUAACAAUCCCAAUCUCAUGGGUUGGUUAGACAAACCUCCCAAUGGCCCUUGUCCUACCUACAGCAAUGCCAAUCCUAGCGUCACCUAUGGCAAUAUCAAGUACGGACCCAUCGGAUCAACCGCUUAAUUCUGAUAAUGUAAAAGUUGAAUUUUUUUUUCUGGCUCUAUUCACAAUCACGUAAUGCAUUGUGUCUGUCCUUAAUUGAUCUUAUGACAUAAUAAAUACGUACGGGGUGAAGGUGUCUAUGGCUGUAGUUAAUUCCCAAUCAAUACACAACGGUACAAAGGAA